AUGAUUCUUCAACAUGCUCUCACUAUAUGUUAUGAACACCUCCCUGUGAUCAUUACCACUGCGAUUCUACUCCUUUUGACCUCGCAGGCAUUUUAUGAGGUUUUCGUCAACCCUCUCAAGAAAUUCCCAGGUCCCAAGUUAGCAGCCGCAUCACGAAUCCCCCAGCUCUACCAUACAUUCAAGGGAGACCUUCUUGAGUGGGUCACGGGACUACACGCGAUUUACGGGAAUGUCGUUCGUGUGGCGCCAGACGAGUUGAGCUACGCAACUGGCGAAGCAUGGAAAGGUAUUUACGGGCAUGCGACCGCAGGGAAAAAGGUCACAGAAAAGGACACCCGGUUCUACGGUCCCUCAUUCAACGGAGCCCCGGAUAUAAUUCGCGCGAAGGGGCCGGACCAUUCGCGCUUUCGCCGGAACUUUUCACAUGCGUUUUCGGACCGCGCUCUUCGUGACCAGCAACCCUUGAUCUGCGGAUACGUGGAUAUGCUUGUCGCUUCGCUCAAUGACACCCUCCGGGCAGACCCGAAGGCGAAAGUCAACCUGGUUCGCAUGCUAAACCUGACGACAUUUGAUAUUAUGGGCGAUUUGACCUUCGGAGACUCCUUGGAGCUGUUGGCCGGAACUGGCGAUAUGAAUUGGGUGGAGGCAGUCUUUAUUAGCAUGAAGACGAACGCGUUACGCCGACUGGCACGCUACUGGCCUUUGGUCACUCCGAUCGUGCAACAGAUAAUACCUAAGAAGUUGCGCCAACAGAGCAUGGCUCACUACCGGUCUUCGCAGGCACGGGUCGAUAAGCGAAUUGAGAGUGAUCAUGACAUGCACAAGGCGGACAUUUGGGGUACUGUAAUGCACCAGAAGGAGGAGCUGCGUCUGAGCCGGAUGGAAAUGUACGCUAACUCGCAGGUAUUUAUGGUGGCUGGCACCGAGACCACCGCUACGGCGCUCAGUGGGUUGUUCUACCAGCUCUUGCAGAAUCCCGACAAGCUGGAGAAGCUGCUCAAUGAAAUUCGGGAAAACUUCCAGAAGGACUCGGAUAUUGAAAUGAGGGCUCUGGAGCAGAUGAAGUACCUAAAUGCAUGCCUGGAGGAAGCAUUGCGUGUCUAUCCUCCGGUUCCAGUUGGCCUGCCUCGGGUUACCCCCGAUGAUGGGUUGAUGGUUUGCGGCGAAUACAUCCCAGGACAGGUCGCACUCUCGGUCAAUCAAUGGGCAACUUAUCACAGCGCUAAAAACUUCAAGCGGCCUGAUGACUUCAUUCCUGAACGUUGGAUAAGCAGUGAUUUCGACUCUGACAACAAGGCAUCAUUUCAGCCAUUUUCAUUCGGCCCCCGAAACUGCCUUGGACGAAAUUUGGCCUAUCAUGAAAUGCGUGUGAUUCUGGCCAAAUUGCUGUUUCACUUUGAGUUCUCUCUUCUCCCAGAGUCGGUCGGUUGGCAGAAACAAAAGACUUUCUUUUUAUGGGAGAAGCACGAUUUGAUGGUUCAACUUCAGCCUCGACACUGA